CAUGGUACUAAAUUAAUUUCCUCUUUUUUUCUUUAUUAUGGCAAUAAAGUAUGCCACGCCGCUCAUGAUCUGUCAAUUUGCGUCGCCGAAAAACGAAAAGGGAUAGGUUGCCGGCGAAUUAUUUCUAUAAAUUAUACUAAAAUAUUAUUGUACACGAUUAUUUAUGUGACAUAAUAAAAAUAAGGAAUAUAUCACUAACUUAAAAUGACGGUGGAGGUGCAAACUAAGGCGAAGCUCCCGCAGCUUUCGUCUGACAAACAACUAACAUUUAUAAAAUUAGCUGUUUUAUCAAUGGCAGCAAUAUUAUCUUUUGCAACACGUCUGUUCUCUGUAUUACGUUUCGAAAGUGUGAUCCACGAAUUUGACCCUUAUUUCAACUACAGAACAACUAGAUAUCUAACUGAGGAAGGGUUCUAUAACUUUCACAAUUGGUUUGAUGAUAGAGCAUGGUACCCACUGGGACGUAUCAUUGGUGGUACCAUCUACCCAGGUCUGAUGGUAACAUCGGCCACACUUUACAACAUGAUGCAGUUCUUGAACAUUACCAUAGAUAUUCGAAAUGUGUGCGUAUUCCUCGCUCCAUUCUUCUCAUCACUCACAACUAUUGUCACUUACCUCCUGACUAAGGAGUUGAAGGAUGAAGGUGCUGGUCUCGUGGCAGCGGCCAUGAUCGCCAUAGUGCCAGGAUACAUCAGUCGUUCAGUCGCAGGAAGUUAUGAUAACGAGGGCAUUGCCAUUUUCUGUAUGCUCCUCACAUACUACUUUUGGAUCAAAGCGGUCAACACUGGAACUAUACUCUGGGCUACCAUGACUGCACUCGCUUAUUUCUACAUGGUGUCAUCUUGGGGAGGCUACGUGUUCCUAAUCAACUUGAUCCCACUUCACGUGCUAGCCCUAAUGCUGCUCGGCCGGUUCUCAGCGCGAGUGUACGUAGCCUACAGCACAUUGUACUGUGUCGGAACUAUCCUAUCAAUGCAGAUCUCCUUCGUCGGCUUCCAACCUGUACAGAGCUCUGAGCAUAUGUUGGCUUUAGGUACAUUUGGUCUCUGCCAGCUCUACGCCUUCACCCAAUACUUACGUGAGCACCUAUCUCCAGCCAACUUCGAGCUGCUCUUCAAAGCUUUGGUCACCACCUUAUUGGCUACUCUGGGAACUGCGUUAGUCGCCCUUACGCUUACCGGUAAAAUCUCGCCGUGGACCGGACGUUUCUAUUCUCUUCUGGACCCGUCCUACGCCAAGAACCACAUUCCCAUCAUUGCCUCCGUUUCUGAGCAUCAGCCAACAUCCUGGUCUUCAUUCUACUUCGACCUUCAAGUCCUCGUGUUCCUGUUCCCAGCUGGACUGUACUUCUGCUUCAGCAAGCUGACUGAUGCUAAUAUUUUCAUCAUUCUGUACGGUGUUCUCAGCAUUUAUUUCGCGGGUGUGAUGGUGCGUUUAAUGUUGGUGUUGGCUCCGGUCAUGUGCAUAGUGUCAGGGGUUGCGGCAUCCAGCUUGCUCAGUCUACACGUGAAAGAUAUUGAACCUAAAGUUGAGAAACAUGACAAGAAGAAGAAGCACGAAAACAAUUUAGUAUUCAGAUCUGAGGUGGGAGCUCUCUUCGUGUGCGUGUUAGGCUGCCUCCUAAUAUCGUACGUGUUCCACUGCACGUGGGUAACGUCGGAGGCGUACUCGUCCCCGUCCAUCGUACUGUCUGCGCGGGCGCAUGACGGCGCGCGCAUUAUCUUCGACGACUUCCGCGAGGCUUACACUUGGCUCAAGAUGAAUACACCUGAAGACUCGAAAGUAAUGUCAUGGUGGGACUACGGGUAUCAGAUAACAGCGAUGGCGAAUCGAACAGUGAUAGUGGACAAUAACACGUGGAACAACACGCACAUAUCUCGCGUCGGACAAGCCAUGGCGUCCACUGAGGACCGCGCCUAUGAAAUUAUGAGGGAACUCGAUGUCGAUUAUGUACUCGUUAUUUUCGGAGGACUAGUUGGUUACUCCUCAGAUGAUAUCAACAAGUUCCUCUGGAUGGUCCGUAUCGGCGGCAGUACGGACCGUGGCGCUCAUAUCCGCGAGGCAGACUACUACACGCCUUCUGGAGAGUUCAGGGUCGACGCGGAUGGAUCACAGACUCUACUCAACUGCCUAAUGUACAAAAUGAGUUACUACAAGUUCGGGCUUGUCUACACUGAAGGAGGUCGACCGCCCGGUUUCGACCGCGUUCGUGGCGCUGAGAUCGGUAACAAGGACUUUAACUUGGACGUGCUAGAAGAGGCCUAUACCACUGAACAUUGGCUCGUACGCAUCUACAAAGUAAAGCCGCUUCCUAACCGUGGAGUCUGAGCCCCACACCACCGCCUCGGUCGGUAAAUACCUCUCCAAUCCAUAUUGGUGUAGCUAAUUAUAUUACUUGAACAUUGUGGACCAUUUGCAACAGUCAAAUGUUGGUAAAAUCAGGCCGUAAGCGUGGCUACUACUUAUA